UUCAAACAAAUACUAUAUUAUAAAACCCUAAACAAUAUAAGUCGAUGCUGUUCAUGACUAAUAUAAAAACCCUUCCAGUAAUAUAUAAUAGCACAGAUGCAAUGCAUCAUUAAUUACAAAUUAUUAAACUAAACACCCUCCGUCUCUCGACCUUUGCUAUAUAAAGAAGAUCAUUUACGUACAUAUCCUAAAGCUAAUUAAACCAACCAGAAUACAUAUACACAUAUAUCUCCGACAAUGUCUCGCACAUGCGAAAGCUCCUCAGGCUCGUCCUCCGACAAGACCAUUAAACUGUUCGGCUUCGAACUCAUCAGCGGUGGUAAUCGUUCCCCUGAAGUCACAACGGCGGAUAGUGUAAGCUCUUCAACGAAAAACACGACGUCGUUUAUAGCUAAAAGACUCGAGUGCCAAUACUGUGGAAAAGAGUUUGCAAAUUCUCAAGCCUUGGGUGGUCACCAAAACGCUCACAAGAAGGAGAGGUUGAAGAAGAAGAGGCUUCAGCUUCAAGCUCGACGAGCUAGCAUCGGCUAUUAUCUCACCAGCCACCACCAACCAAUGACGACGUCGUUUCAGAGACCAUACAAGACGCCGUCAUAUUGCGCCUUCUCUUCCAUGCACGUGAAUAAUCAAAUGGGUGUGUUCAAUGAUGAAUGGUCUCCGAUUUCGUCGCAGAUUAGCUUUGGUAAUAAGGACACGUCUCAAGAUAUUAUUGAACAAAAUGGUGAGAUGGGUAAGGUGUAUGGGGGUGUGAGACAAAACAUGAUUCAGUUCCAGAGAGAUCUGACUUCUCGUUCUGAUUCGAAGAGAAGCAUUAAGUCGCUGGAUCUUCAUCUGGGGAUGGCUGGAGAUACGGUAUAGCAUAGAGAGAUAUGAUUUAAAAUGUAUACUAGUGAUGUAUUUUAUUGCUGAAGAAAACGAGACAUAGUAUUCUUGAUGAAAUUUGAGUUGUAUUUGUUUAGGUUUAUCUAUGUUUUUAAUUCAUUUCAGCAAGUGAUGUUAUAUAAUUAUUUUU